AUGAAGGAGCUCACGCGGAAGAUGAUGGCCGACGUGGCCGUAUUCGCCGUGUCGCAGGUGGCAUUCUAUUACGCAUUCAAGUAUGUCAUGACGACGCUGGACCCCAACCGUCAGAAGCAGCAGGACGCCAAGAAAGUGUCGGACAAUAAGCUGGGCAAGCUUGGCCUGCGCUCCCGGGGCGUGAAGUUGAAUGAGUACGAGGAGCAGAUUGCUUCGGAGCUCAUCCUCCCUGACGACAUUCCGGUGACCUUUGAGUCGAUCGGUGGCCUGGACGGCAUUAUCGCGAGUCUGCAGGAGAGCGUGAUUGCGCCGCUGUGCUACCCCCAGCUCUUUAACAGCGCUAGUGGUCUACUUGGCGCGCCAAAGGGUGUGCUGCUCUACGGCCCACCGGGUACCGGCAAGACGAUGCUCGCCAAGGCGCUCGCCAAGGAGAGUGGCGCUACCUUUAUCAACAUGCAUGUCUCAACGCUCACCAACAAAUGGUUUGGUGAGUCGAACAAGCUUGUGUCUGCCCUCUUUUCGCUGGCGCGCAAGCUGCAGCCUAGCAUUGUGUUCAUCGACGAGAUCGACAGCUUCCUUCGCGAGCGUGCGUCGGGCGACCACGAGGUGAUGGCGAUGAUGAAGGCCGAGUUCAUGACGCUCUGGGACGGCCUUACGUCGAGCACCGACCGCAUUAUGGUGCUCGGUGCGACGAACCGUCCUUCGGACAUUGACGCGGCGAUUCUGCGCCGCAUGCCGAAGCGGUACGCCGUUCGCCUGCCCGACAACGCGCAGCGGAAAAAGAUUUUGUCGAUCAUGCUGACCAAUGUGCCGUGCCACUCGUCUUUCGACCUGGACGCGCUUGUGCGCAAGACAAACGGCUAUAGCGGCAGCGACCUGCGCGAGUUGUGCCGCGCGGCCGCGAUGGUGCCGGUACGCGAGGUGCUGCGCAGCAGCAGCGGCCGCGAGCAUGUUGAGCGCGCGCGCAAGAACCCCACUGGCAUGGAGAGCGGCGACGACAACGGCCAGGCGGACCUUGCGAUGAGCGUGCGCCCUCUGAAGAACUCCGACUUUUUCCAGACGGACAGUGCGACGCCGCUGCACGUCGACACGGAGCCCGACGCACUCGACUAA